UAACGAAAAAUCUGAGACAGUCGUUCGCCGUUCCCGUUGGUCUACUCAAGAGAAAAAAUCCGGUUGGGAUAAAAUCUCUGUGGAAAAGUUCAAAAAAGAUACAAAAAACUAUUUAAAUUGUUUUUAAUUAAACCAAUACAAUUAAUUUGUUAACGAAAAUGCCAAUCAAGUCAAUCUUAGCUCGUCAAAUCUUUGACUCACGUGGCAACCCAACAGUGGAAGUUGAUCUUACCACUGAAUUGGGACUUUUCCGUGCCGCUGUUCCAUCCGGUGCUUCCACUGGUGUCCAUGAGGCCCUCGAACUCCGUGAUGAAGAGAAGAACAACUACCAUGGCAAAGGUGUCAAGAAGGCCGUCGAUCACAUCAACAAAUCUCUUGCCCCCGAAGUCAUUAAAGCUGGCUUAGAAGUCACUCAGCAAGAAGACAUCGACAACUUCAUGCUCAAGUUGGACGGAACCGAAAACAAGUCCAAAUUCGGUGCCAACGCCAUUUUGGGUAUCUCCCUUGCCGUGUGCAAAGCUGGAGCAGCCAAGAAAGGCAUUCCAUUGUACAAACACAUUGCCGACUUGGCCGGAAACAAGGACAUCAUUUUGCCUGUUCCCGCUUUCAAUGUCAUCAACGGUGGCUCCCACGCUGGCAACAAAUUGGCCAUGCAAGAGUUCAUGAUCUUGCCAACUGGAGCAUCAUCCUUCACCGAAGCCAUGAAAAUUGGCUCCGAGGUGUACCAUCACUUGAAGAAGGUCAUCAAGGACAAAUUCGGUUUGGAUGCUACCGCUGUCGGUGAUGAGGGUGGUUUCGCACCCAACAUUCAAGAGAACAAGGAAGCUUUGAUUUUGAUUCAAGAUGCCAUCGCCAAGGGCGGAUACACUGGCAAGGUCGAAAUCGGCAUGGAUGUUGCUGCUUCUGAAUUCCACAAAGAUGGAGUCUACGAUUUGGACUUUAAGAAUCCAGCCAGUGACAAGGCAUUGUGGUUGUCGCCAGAGAAACUUACCGACUUGUAUCUUGGUUUCGUUAAGGAGUUCCCAAUUGUUAGUAUUGAGGAUCCCUUUGACCAGGACCAUUGGGAUGCAUGGAGCAAAAUUACUGCCACAACUCCAAUUCAAAUUGUCGGUGAUGAUUUGACUGUGACCAAUCCUAAGCGUAUUGCUACUGCCGUUGAGAAGAAGGCCUGCAACUGUUUGUUGUUGAAGGUUAACCAAAUCGGUACUGUUACCGAAUCUAUUAAGGCUCAUUUGUUGGCCAAGAGCAAUGGCUGGGGUACUAUGGUUUCUCAUAGGUCUGGUGAGACUGAGGAUACCUUUAUCGCUGAUUUGGUUGUUGGUUUGAGCACUGGCCAGAUUAAGACUGGAGCUCCAUGCCGAUCGGAACGUUUGGCCAAGUAUAACCAAAUUCUCCGCAUUGAGGAGGAAUUGGGAGCUGCUGCCAAAUAUGCUGGCAAAUCUUUCCGUAAGCCACAGUAAAGUGGGGGAGAUUGAUUUAAAUAUGGUCGAGCAUCUCACAAAAUUUAAGUUUUAUUAUUUUAUUUAAAAAAAAAAGAAAUAUUUGUAUUGUAAUUCCAUCGAUGAUGGUGCAACAUUUAAUGUGAAACAAAUUUAUAUUCAUAAUGAAGGAGGCA